AUUUGCCGACUGCACGCGCCAUCUUUUCGCGUAUCGAUUCUUCCCCGAGUUUUGGCGGUGUGACCGACUUUCGGCGUGUGCUCUCUGACAAAACAAAAAUAAAAGCAGCAGAAAGCGGACGAAACAUAGUGAAAUAGUGAUUGUUUGAAAGUUAGUGGUUCAUAGUCUGGAACGUGACCAUUUUUAAACCGCGGCUUGGGUGAACGGUCUCACUUUGAAAUCCGAGCAUUGAGAUGGAGUACGACGACAGCAAAAACAAUGGGAAUGGCGAUGACUCGCAAAAUGCAGGAGGCGGCGCCAACAACCAGAACAACCGGGAACGUGAACGGGACCGUCGAGGCCGAGGAGAACGUGGAACGCGAUUCUCGGAUGCAAACGAAGGCGGCGACCGUAGCAGGGAGCGACGCAAUUGCCGCAUCUACGUCUCCAACAUUCCGUACGACUACCGCUGGCAGGACCUUAAGGAUCUGUUCCGCCGGGUGGUGGGCAGCGUAGAGUACGUUGAGCUCUUCCAAGAUGAGUUCGGCAAGGCACGCGGGUGCGGUAUUGUGGAGUUCAAGGAUCCUGAGAACGUGCAGAAGGCCCUGGAGAAAAUGAAUCGCUACGAGAUCAACGGGCGUGAGAUCGUGGUGAAGGAGGACCAUGGCGAGAAUCGUGACCAGUACGGCAGGAUCGUGCGCGACGGAGGAGCUGGUGGUGGCGGCGGCGGCGGUGGAAACCGGGGCGAUCGUGGCGGAUUCAGGCGCGAUCGCGACGACGACAGAAUAUCUGGUCGUCAGAUGGGUGGCAUGGGUGGCAGCGUUGGUGGUGGUGGCAUGAUGGGCCCCAAUGAUUUUGAUAUGCCAUAUAAUACUUACGGUCUUAGUACCUCGUUCUUGGAGAGUCUCGGCAUUAAUGGACCUUUGCAUAAUAAAGUUUUUGUUGCUAAUUUGGACUAUAAAGUUGACAGUAAAAAGUUGAAGCAAGUCUUCAAGCUUGCUGGGAAAGUACAAAGUGUUGAUCUUUCUGUGGACAAGGAAGGUAACAGCCGCGGUUUCGCUGUCAUCGAAUACGAUCAUCCCGUAGAAGCCGUUCAAGCAAUUUCUAUGUUUGAUCGUCAAAUGCUCUUUGAACGUCGCAUGACUGUCCGUUUGGAUCGAAUCCCUGACAAAGGUGAAAGCAUCAAAUUACCAGAAGGUCUUGGUGGAAUAGGUAUUGGCCUUGGUCCAAAUGGCGAACCACUUCGUGAUGUUGCUCGAAAUCUUCCAAAUAUGAGUGGUGGUGCGGGUUGUCAGAGUGCUCCAUCCGGAGGUGGUGGAGCUGGAAACUUGAAUUCAGGAUCAGCAGCAUUGAACCUUGCUAACACAUUAGAUAAUCUUCUCAACCAGAAUAGCGCACCGGUUCCUGUAGCUCCACCACUAAAUGGACCAGCAGCUGCUAAUUUACUGAGCCAAACGGGUGUGCUAAGCAGCUCCAAUUUAACUGCAUUGAGUAACGCUAUUGCUUCCAAUCCCCUAUUGUCCAGCAGCCUUUCCAAUUUAGGAUUGAAUUUGGGUAGCAGUGGGGGAAGCGGUGGCGCAGCACCACCAGCUGAUACAGGAAAUGUCACCCCAGCCGCCAAUAACUAUAAUACUGGGAGCGGUUUCAAUUCUGGCUACUCGAGCUCUGGAUAUAAUACCGGCGCCGGACGUCAGGACUUCGAACCAUCAGUUCGAAGCUAUAAUACACAACCACAACAGAAUACCUCAGACUAUGGAGCUGGAAACAUGCCCCUGUUCGGUUCACAAAAUCAAUCGCUAGGCGGAGGUAAUUUGGGCGGUGGGCAACUAGGCGGAAGCCAGAUUGGGGCUGCUGCUCGAAAGUCAGAUACGAUUAUCAUCAAAAAUAUUCCAUUGAGCUGCACUUGGCAGACAUUGCGCGAUAAAUUCCGUGAUAUUGGAGAAGUGAAAUUUGCAGAAAUUCGGGGAAAUGAUGUGGGCGUUGUUCGCUUCUUCAAAGACAAAGAUGCCGAAUUGGCUAUAAAAUUAAUGGACGGAUCUCGAAUGGAUGGACGUGUUGUGAGCGUGAGCUUCUUUUAAUUUUACUAAAAUAGAAAAGUCCCGACUUUUUUUUUUUUUUUCAUUAAUACUUUUUUUAUUUACUGAGAUAAAUAUAAAACCGCCAAACAAUAGAUCUGCAUCGGCAAUCCGCUGCCGAGUAUUAUUAAAUAAAUCUUCCUAUGAAACAUCCUUAGAACUAGUUCUUAAAUAUUGACAACAUUUAAGAUUUAUGUAAAUGCACUUAGCUAAGUUUCGCUGACUUUUAUAUCCGGAACUUUUUUUUCUUAUGUUUACUUGACUUUUUCUUUUAUUCCUGGCUGGCAACCUCAAGUUUUUAAUGCAAAUUGUAAGGAUCCCAUGACGCAGAAAAUUUCUUACGUUUAGAAUUAUAGAAAGUCAUGAAGUCAGAGUUCCGAAUAUUCCAUAAUCACAUGUUUGGAAUGCUUUUAAAUUAUGAAUGGAAAUCAAUCUAACGAGAUAAAUUUUAUGGCUGCCGAGAAUUGUACAUUUGAGAACCUGAAUUUUCUUCAUUUAGUAUUAUGUGUUAGGACUCUUUUAUUCCUUGAAAAAUAAUGCUUGAUGUAAAUGUCAAUGAUGUUGCGAUUGAUGUCUAAAUUCUCUGAAAUAUGGAAUAUCAGAGCUGCAUAAAAGUUUUGAGGACAACCUUGAUAUCUGUAUGUAAAUUAGCAACUGAAGUGAGUUUGGCAAGCUCGCACCUGAUACCUGAGGCUUGUGACGAAACCAAACUCGCCAAAUUGCUUGUGGAUCUAUUUUAGUAUCACCAAAAUAAUAUGCCGCAAUAUGUGAAAUGAAAUUUACUGCAUGGGGUAUCAACCUAUAUUCGGAUCUAUGUGGACGAUCCUAAAAUGGAUUUGCAAAUUCAAUUAAACGACAUACAAAAUGAAUAGAAUACAUUUUUCGAACGGAUCUUAGAUUUAAGAUAUUUUGUGUUUAAAACAUUAUAAAUAUAAUAUAAUAAUCCAUUAGUC